AUGGAGCAGCAGAAUCGCGACUAUGCUGCAGCUCUACCUGGAGCACCAUCCGGCUUGGCACCUCAAAACAACCAACCCAACUCGAACAUUGGACCUCAGGCUUUAAAUGCAGUAGUCAUGGGUCACGGCCCCCCGCCUUCGCAACAGACUUAUUUCCAAGCUGCCUCUUUCAGUGGGAACCCCCCGGUCAUUGCUGGUACCCACGUCCAGACACAGCAGCCAUCGACAUUGGCACCAACAACCAAUCCUAUGGGACUCCAAGCGUCCACUUUUGCGCCAGGGAACAGUCAACCUCAAGCCUUCCCAAUUCCCAGCGCAAACAGGGCGACACCACGGGCGCACGCCCCCAACCAAGAACGCAGGUUACAACGACGAGCGACGCCUCCGGACGAGUGA